AUGCUGGAUUCUUUACUUGCAGAGGCAAGAGACGCCGCCGGCAAAAAAGACUGCGACGGGGCCAUUUUGAAAUACAGCCAAAUACUCGAAGAAGCCAAAAACAAGUCGAGCUCAACACCCACGAGCAAGCAACUCCAGACUCAAGAAAGCGCAAUUUUGGAAUUGGGCAAAGUGUUCAAGACUCUCGACCAGCCCUCGCGCCUUGCACAACUAAUAGCAGAAUCAAGAGACCUCUUGGGCAAAUUCGCCAAGUCGAAAACGGCCAAGAUUGUCAGGACUUUGAUUGAAGAUUUCGACAAUUUAACCAAUGCGUUGGAUAUCCAAAUCCAGGCCACGAGAGACUCGAUCGACUGGGCGGUAGAGUCCAAGUUGUCAUUCUUGAGGCAGAAUUUGCAAUUGAAGUUGAGCGAGUUGUUAUAUCAAAAGCACCAAUAUCACGAGGCAUUAAAGUACAUCAAUGACUUGCUUAGAGAAUACAAAAAGCUAGAUGACAAGUCGUCGCUCGUUGAAGUUCAAUUAUUGGAGAGUAAAGUUUACCACGCAUUGAGAAACAUUGCCAAGGCAAAAGCCGCUUUAACCAGUGCUAGAACCUCAGCGAAUUCAAUCUACUGCCCCACGGUUUUGCAAGCAGAGUUGGAUUGCCAAAGUGGAGUCUUGAACAUGGAAGAUAAGGAUUACAAGACGGCUUUUUCCUAUUUCUACGAGAGUUUUGAAGGCUUCAACUCGCAACUGCUGGAAGAAGGCAGCAAGACGUCAAUCAAAGUGUUGAAGUACAUGCUCCUUUCCAAAAUCAUGUUGAACUUGAUCGACGAUGUCAAUAACAUCUUGAAAAACAAAAACGUGUUGCAGUACCAGUCGCGGGAGAUUGACGCCAUGAAAGCCAUUGCAGUGGCCUACUCCAACAGAUCGCUUAAGGAGUUCGAACACAGCUUGAUUGCCUAUCAACUGGAGUUGAAAAGCGACGAAAUCAUCAAGAACCACUUCAACUCGUUAUACGAUCAGUUGUUGCAAGUUAACUUAUUGAAAAUCAUCGAGUCCUACGAGUGCGUCGAGUUGGACCACAUUGCCAAAGUCAUUGGCUUGAACGUGAAGCAAGUUGAGGGCAAAUUGUCCCAGAUGAUCUUGGACAAGAUCUUUUAUGGUGUCUUGGACCAAGGCAACGGAUGGCUUGUAAUCUACGACGAACCAAAGAAGGAUGCCUCCUACGAGGCCUCGUUGGACUUGAUCAAGAACUUGUCGGGUGUCGUUGAUUUAUUGUACGAAAAAGCCAGUGCUCUAAAUUAA